AUGUCGGUCCACAUCCAACUUGAUCAGGCCAAAUCCAGGUGCUACACAAACCUCGACUUUGUCUCCGGCAUCGUCAUCCUCAACCUUCCCAACGAUGCCACCAUCUCUGCCAUCACAGCCAAACUCGAGGGCGAGAGUCGAACGCGACUCGCGGGCCCCAAAUUCCCCAACAAUGAACGCUCGGAGAAGAAGAGAACCGAGCUAGAAUAUCACAAGCUCCUGUACAAAGUCGUGACAGUCUUCCCAACGCCAGAGCUUCAGGAGAAGAUAUCCGGAUCCGUCUUUACUCUACAUGCUGGACAGUAUAUCUAUCCCUUCAGAUUCAAGUUCCCGUUCAACAACGACUGCCAGAAAAAUCCCAGUCCUCUCAAGGACCUCAAAGUUGGCCAGCUGAACGUACAGUUCGCCAUAGACACGACAAAGCAUGUAAAGCGGACGCUACCGCCGUCUCUCAGCGGAUUUCCUGGCGAAGCAGAAAUAAAGUAUUAUAUCAAGGCGACGGUGGUGCGGCCGAAGUUCUUUCAGGAGAACAUUCGAUCGGUGGCCGAUGUCAAGUUCCUACCUAUCGAACCUCCUCGUCCUCCAGACCGCCACGAAGAGACCUUUGCCCGCCGCAAGAGGCAGUUUCAGCCAUACCCGGCUCAGCCACAGAAAAAGGGACUCUUUAAAAAGCCAUCUACACCAGUUUCGGCGGAAGAAGAGCCUCCCGCAUUACAAGUCGACGUCCGUCUGCCGAGUCCUGCCAUCGUCACUUGCAACGAGCCACUUCCUCUUCGGAUACUCGUGGAAAAAAUCAAUGAUAGCUCUGCUACUAUCUUCCUGAGUAUGAUGCAGAUUGAAUUGGUUGGAUACACACGGGUGAGGGCUCACGACUUGGAAAGAACUGAAAGCACCACUUGGAUCCUGAUGUCACGAGCCAAUAUGAACAUGCCGCUCGGUAACCUUGUCGAUAAGGGCAAGGGUCGUCGAGAAUGGAGAUUGCCUUCUUGUUUGUGGGAUGAUUUCCCCAUUCCAAACACUGUUUGCCCGUCUUUCGAUACUUGCAACAUAUCUCGUCGAUAUGAGCUAGAAGUCCGAGUGGGAUUGGCACAUGGUAUGGCUGAUGGAGUGCGGCCAGAGUUGAUCGUCCUCCCCCUUCGUCUCCCUGUCUCAGUUUAUUCCGGGAUUGCUCCUCCUCCCCAGCUUCUCCGAGCCAUGGCCAACAAUCCUCCCCCACAAACUACGUUCGCGGCGCCUCAUUUGUUUCCCCGCCCGUCAGAGAACAGUGGGCCGUCCGCUCCGCCCUUGCUGCCGGACACGCCGCUGGCCACACCGACAACUCCAAAUUCUGAGCUGAGCUCCUUCCCGGCUCAAAUCGGUUCUUUCAACCCGCAAGACCAGCAAGAUAUUCCCGACGAAGCGCCUCCGAGUUACGAGGAUGCCAUGGCGGAUGAAAUAGCACCUGUGGAUGGCCCUAGGCGCGACUAUCAAGUUCCAACACAGUCCGGAGAACAACAAAGUGCUUUCAACGCUGACUCUAAACGGACUGGUCUUGGGCGGCGUGUUAGCGAGAGAUUAUUCCCCAGUAACGGACCCUCUGGUCCUCCCACCAGGACCGUGUCGACACCAAGCAUUCUACAAGCAGCGCCAUUGGCUGAGAGUGGGGAAGAAGUCUCCCCGAGCUCGCCGACGACAGAUGAGAUAAGCCGCAAUUCUCUGUGGAGGAGAAGUCUUUCCACGAAAAAAGAUUAG